UGAUGGAAAUGCCGCGGGCGGUGAGAGCAGCCGCAGAACCUCCGCCGGCUUCGAUUCGUCUCACCUUCCGACCUGCUUUUCCUCCAUUCUCCCCCACACCAUCACCCAUCAUGUCUCAAUCACCAAAGGAACAGCUGGAGAAGCUCCAGGCGAUGCUGCAGAGGACCGGCGGCCGCGGAGGCUUUGGUAUGCCCAUACGGCCCCCCGGUGGAGGCCCCGGAGGUGGUGUCGUUGCCGCCCUCGUCGCUGUCGGCCUCGCAGGAUAUGCCAUCUCGAACUCAUUCUUCAACGUCGAUGGUGGUCACCGUGCUAUCAAGUACUCUAGAAUCGGUGGUGUGAAGAAGGAUAUCUACAGUGAAGGAACCCACAUCAACAUUCCUUGGGUCGAGACGCCGGUUGUCUAUGACGUGCGCGCGAAGCCCCGGAACAUCGCCUCUUUGACGGGUACCAAGGAUCUGCAGAUGGUGAACAUUACCUGCCGUGUUCUGUCGAGACCCCGAGUCGAUGCCCUUCCGCAGAUCUACCGUACCCUCGGUAAAGACUUUGACGAGCGUGUGCUUCCGUCGAUUGUGAACGAGGUCCUGAAGAGCGUGGUGGCCCAGUUCAACGCCAGCCAGCUGAUCACUCAGCGUGAGAAUGUCGCCCGACUGGUGCGGGAUAACCUUGCUCGCCGCGCAGCCCGGUUCAACAUUGCCCUUGACGAUGUGUCGCUUACGCACCUAACCUUCUCCCCCGAAUUUACCGCCGCCGUCGAAGCCAAGCAGGUUGCUCAGCAAGAAGCCCAACGGGCGGCUUUCCUGGUCGACAAGGCCCGCCAAGAAAAGCAGGCUUUCAUUGUCCGUGCCCAGGGUGAGGCCCGAUCCGCCGAGCUGAUCGGAGACGCGAUCAAGAAGAGCAAGAGUUACAUCGAGCUACGAAAGAUUGAAAACGCCCGCCAGAUUGCCCAGAUUCUGCAGGAGAACGGCGCCCAGAACAAGCUGUACCUGGACUCGCAGGGCUUGGGCUUGAACGUCAACGUCAACAGCGAGGAAAAAUAAGCAUAAUCCCCUUCGCAUGAGAAAAGGAGUUUAUUACAAGAGGGCGGCAGCAGCUUCUCUUGGCUUUGGUCUUUGUUUAAUUGAAAUGUAAUGGUGCUCGUUCUUGUCGGUCUCGACGCGGCGGUGGAAUACGUGACCCUGAGGGGAGGAGUAGCAUGGGGUAUUUGUACAAAUAGUUGUCUUCGAGUUUCUCCGAAUUACCAGGCGAAAUCUUUCUCUUCUCUCCUUAUGAA